CUGCCGGGUGUUUUCUGUGCGAGCGCUCCCAAUCGGUGCCCGAGCCCAGGAGUCGAUGGAGCAUUCGCCGCCGCGAGGCCGAUACGACCUCCGGAACGGAUGGAAGGGCACGGUGCAGCAGGAGUCCCGUACGGAGGAAGGGUUGGUUUCCGGCACCGAGGCGCCUUCGGAGCCGAAAGGACCAGCCGGGGGCAAAGGAGCACAUGCAGUGCCUCCGUCCCAAGGUACGUCAAUUACGGUAUCUGCAGUGCCUGCAGUGCCGCAGUUGGACUCCGCUAUAACGACAGAACUCUUGUCACGCAUGACGGAGUUAUGUUCGUUGGUGGCAAAACGCCUCGAUGCCGGGUCGGUUUCGCCGCCGCAGGCACAAGCGCCCCUGCGACUGAAUUUACCGGUCCCUACCUUCUCAGGGUACACCGAUAAAAAGUCGGUCGCAGACUCCUUGGAUGACCUUACAGCCUAUCAGACUGGUAUGGGAAUCUCAGAUGAAGUCCUGAUACAACGCAUCCUGCAGGUUGCUUUGAUCGGAGACGCCGCUCGCUGGCUUCGGCUGCAGUCGAGGUUUACGUCCGUUCAGGACUUUCAGAAGCGGUUUAAGAGCGAAUUUCUUCCACCGGAUUACGAAUAUCGUAUCCUGGAGGAGCUGCAUAAGCGUACUCAGCAUCCAGAUGAGACCUUAGCAGAAUUCGUUCGGGCCUUGCAAGACCUGUAUAGCAGAGCUGAACCUACUGCUACAGAAGAGCAGCGUGUGACGCGGGCUAUCCGUCAGUGUCAUCCUCGCUACCGGCCCUAUCUUCGAGCCCAUCGCUUUAAUAGCCUUGAGGCGCUGGCGCAAGAGGCUCGCUCAAUUGAAGGAGACCUCUUAGCGGAACUCGACUAUCGGCCCCCGCCGCCGCCUGAAUUGGCGUUAGAACCGCGCUGUGCGUGGUCAGCGGGAGCAGCCUCGGUUGAGCGCCCACCUGCAGUGGGACUGGAUGAGCCGAACCGCAAUUAUUAUGCGGAGCCAUCACGCCGAGCACCCGAUCCCUUCCGUUAUGAACAGAGGGCGAUCCCCGCAGGAACGAGCCUUGGCAGACCCGUCCUGUCCCAUAAUCAUGGGCAACCCGGCUAUUUAGCUGGCGAAACCCCAAGGAGGCCGCAGGAGCAACGGCAUGCUCCGCGGCAGCAACGCAGAAUGCCAGCCGGCUGUUGGACGUGCGGCAGCCCGGACCACUUUCGUCGGGACUGUCCGCAGCAAAGACCAAACCCCCGUAAUGUGCCAACGGGAAACGGUCGCAGCCGACGCCGGUAAACAAUCGCUCAGCGACGUCGGCUAUCUGCCGAAAGAGCGAACGAACGGUUACAAUCCGUGACCCUGAUAAUUCAGAAGCUGGCUUUGCAAGCAGCAAGAUAAAAGGAGACGCUUUAGCUCCUUUUGCUUUUUCUGUCCGAGAUAACAUCGAGGACAAGGAACCAAACAUCGCUGUUCGAAUUUUGGGGAGAGAUUACAUCGCCCUUAUCGACA